ACAAAUCAGAAUUUCUGAAAAUUCUAAUAUCACUUACUGACCCAGGAUAUCCAGCAAAGCAAUCAAUGAAAUAUAGAGAACACUUCCCGUUCAAAAACGCCGAGUUAACUCACGUUACUCCCUUCUACUCUGUUCUCCCACCACUACGAAUCCAUAGAGUUGACCGAGUAAAGUUUUGGAACGCAGCCCUGAAGCGCAUACGAUACUGACCGUGCGAUAUUUUCCGCAUGCGAUAAUUAUCGCAUGAAUUCAAGAAUAGGACCCUUGGCAAUGAAUUUCGGAACGCAACCAAUAAAAGCAAAAUGGUGGAUGAAGAUAUAGGACGAUUAUGUGAAUUGAAAGAACAACUCUUAAAACAAGCACUUCAAUUACGGGAUAGGCUAAAGAAUCAAGAAGAAAAUGGACAUCAAUCGUUGAUUAAUCUCAAUAUUAUCUUAUCGUCCGACAAUAGAAAUGAUAAAUUAUUGGAAUCACGAUCUGCGAUGUACGAGGCCAAAUUAUGUGAUAUUUCAAGUCAGGUGACUGGUAUAGUGUUUAAAAAUGUCAGUAAGAAAUGGUUACGUGACGACAUUUAUCUUUAUACAGCUAAAGUUGAAACAAAAGCAGUCUCUUUCAACCUUGAAUUGACAGUACUUAUUAAUAGUAUAGAUGAUUUCAAAAUCAAAGAUAUAAUAUGUUAUUUUAUAAAUGUUGAAGAUUGUUAUAUGAUUGAGAUAUCUCCUUGGUUUCAACAAAUUACAAAGACUAAGAACUUUUCACUGCUUAUGUCUGCAUUAUCUGAUUACAAUGAUUAUAGUAUCUUCAGAUCUAAAGUGUUACAUAGUUUAGAAGCAGAGAAAUAUGCAAAAGUCGAGCAAUAUACUGAGCAAAGUGGAGGUAUACUAGUAUACAUAUGUUCACCUGUUGAUUCUAAAAAAACUUAUCUGGUAUUUCAUUGGUCAAUAACAUUUUUGGAACUCACAUGGCACAUAGAACAUUUCUUUACAGUAAAAUCCACAGAUAUAGGAAUUGAGUUUUCUAAAGAGAAUCGUUCUUUGUUGAAAGAAUUUUGUAAAAUUGGUUUGACAAAGGAUGAUCUUUUAGAUCUGUGGAAUAAAUUAUGUAUUGUUACUGAAACCUAUGUUAAAAACACAGAAUAUACCUGAUGGAAUUAAUUCUUUUGAAUUGGAUACAAAGCUGUAAUUUAAUCUGGAAGUCAAACAAAACAUUUCUAAGUAUAUUAUUAAUUACAUAAGAAA